AUGGCUGUCAACAACUACAAGCACCCGAACCUCAAGGAGCAGUGGGGUCUGGCCGAAGACCCCAAUGCGAGCGACCACAUUGUCACCUCGCGCGGCCAGAAGCUCACGCGAACCGUCACGGCUGGUGGCCACGACGUCGACUCGUCCCAGCCCGGCUUCCCCGUCUAUCACCGCCGCAUUGCAAACCCAUUCCCGCUGGUGUGCAUUGCUACGGGCGCAUCGGUGCUGAUGCUCGGAUUCAUCCUCGUGCGUAACCGCAGCAUCACCAACCCUUCCAUCUACAUGGCGAUGGCGCUGCCUCUGGGAAUGUUUGGCAACUUUGCUGCGUGCAUGUUUGCCUUUGCCGAGGGCUCGACGUACCUGGCGACGAUCUCUGGUACGCUCGCUGGCCUGCUGGGCGGUACGGCGCUGCAGUUCCUGCCGUGGACGGGUAUCCAGGCGACGUACCUUGCUGGCGGUGCGGCUGGCCUCACCGAGUACUACAAGGCCGAGGCCAUGGUGUACUUUAUCGCGCUCAUCCCCAUCUUCCUCAUCUUUGUCGCCUCGGCUCGCACCAGUGGCCCCGUGGCAGGUGCAGCGCUGCUCAUCACGGUCGCACUCGCCCUGCUCGGCGCUGCGUACAUCGGCGGCGCGGAAAAGUUCAUCAUCGCCAAGGCCUCCGGUGCGAUCUUCAUCAUCAUCGGCAUCAUGCUCUUCUACGCCGCGCUCUCCGUCAUGCUCGCCGAGGAGGGCUGGAAGAUCCUCCCCUGUCGGUUCUUCGCUCGGCUAUCUACCGCCAAGGCACCCCCACGCCAACAGCACCCACUCGCUCCGGUGCUCGACGGCACGACCCGCUUUCCCCUCAACCUCAUUCUAGCAUCUCACUCGACCUUUAUCUGCGCAUCUCGCUCACGCAUCAUGGACAUCGAAGGCUUCCGCAAGGCGGGCUACGCCGCUGUGGACCGCAUCUGCGACUACUAUGCUUCGCUCGCCGAGAGGCCGGUGUCGGCGCAGGUACAGCCUGGAUUCCUGUCUGCCUCCAUCCCAACCUCCGCCCCCGAGAUCGGCGAAGCGUGGGAGCGCAUCGACAACGACUACCACAGCGUCAUCAUGCCUGGCAUCACCCAUUGCUUCGAGGGUGCGCUUGCCGAUCUGUACUGCGCGAGCAUCAGCAAUCCCGGCUUCAACUGGUCCGUGUCGCCAUCGGUGACGGAGCUCGAGAUCCUGAUGGUCGACUGGGUCGGUCGCAUGCUCGGGCUCGACGAGGCGUUCCUCUCCACCUCGGGCACCGGUGGAGGCAUCAUCUUGGGCUCGGCGAGCGAGGUGGCGCUGACGGUGGCGAUUGCGGCUCGUGAGCGGUGCAUCGACCGUCUCACGCCGCAGCACCCCAUGCCCACUGUGCACAAUGGCAUGAAUGGGGUGGGCAGUCUGGAUGCGGAUCAAGACGUCGCAAGCGCGGGUCAGAGUGCGGCAGAGGUGGGCGCUGAUGCUACGCUCGUAGCCAAUACACGCUUGGCCAAGUGGCGAGGCGGGCUUCCGUCGCGCCUGGUCAUGUACGGUACGACGCAGACGCACACGAUUGCUGCCAAAGCCGCGCUGAUCCUCGGUCUGGACUUCCGCGCCCUGCCCGUAUCUGCCGAAUCAUCCUACUCGCUCUCUGGCGCGACACUCGCUGCUGCCAUUGCCGAAGAUGUCGCGCUGGGCCGCGUACCGUUCAUGCUCAUCGCCACGAUCGGCACCACGUCGUCCGGGGCGAUUGACAACCUGCCGGAGAUCGUCGAGGUGGUGGCAAAGCACCCGACGCUGUGGCUUCACAUUGAUGCCGCCUAUGCGGGCGUCUGUCUGUCGCUGCCCGAACUGCGGGCGGAGAUGCAUCUGGAUGCGAUCAACAGCGCUGCGGUCGACUCGUUCAGCACCAACCUGCACAAGUGGGGACUUGUGCAGUUCGACUGUUCGCCACUGCACGUCCGGGAUCGAGGAGAUCUGUCGCGCGCGCUCAGCAUCACUCCGACGUACCUUCGCACCAAGCAGGCGGAUGCAGGCAACGUGCUGGACCUGCGCAAUCUGCAGAUCUCGCUGGGCCGUCGCUUCCGCAGCCUCAAGGUGUGGUUCGUGCUGCGCUCGUACGGCCUGGAAGGAUUCCGCAAGCAUCUGCGCACGACGAUGCAGCUGGCCAACCACUUUGAAAGCCUGCUGCGCGCCGACGACCCGGGGCUGUUGGAGAUUGUGGCGCAGCCGAGGUGGGCUCUGGUGGUGUUUAGGAUGAAGCCGAAGGGUGAAGGAUGUGAUGUGGAGCAGCUCAACAAGGCCUUUUGGGACGACCUCGAGGCACAGUCGGCGCACUUUGUGCUCACGCAGACCAGCUUGCCCGAGGUAGGCUUCUGCAUCAGAUUUGUGGUGGGUAGCCCGCAGACGCAGCGCCACCACGUCGAGCAGACGUGGAAGCUCGUCGCACAGACCGCACGCAGCACCUGGGCGCGUUUCAAGUCGUCGUCCUCCUCGUAA